GCGCUCUAAAGUGACAUAAUGGAAUUUUUAGGAAUAGAAAACUUGCAAAUGCGUACCGACGCCCACAGAUAACACCUCUCUCGCGCGGGAGAAGAAAGGAUAUCAUAAAACAACAUCAUACAUCGAUUAAAAAAAAUAAAAACAUUAGCAGCUCAGCGCUCUGUAGGGUGUAGAAUGGGAACAAGCCUCUACCCAGACGAGGAAUAUCACGCAUCAUGAUGAAGAAAGACAUGAGUUUGAACCUAAACGACCAGAACAGCUCCAGCCUGAAGCCCGAUCUGAGGGAUGCUGAAGGGAUCCUCAGUUCCCCCGAGCUGGGGCUCCUGAAGCUGGCUUCUCCGGAGCUGGAGAGGCUCAUCAUCCAGGCCAACGGAAUGGUGACCACCUCGCCAAACUCCCAGUUCGCCUACCCUAAGACGGUGAGCGACGAGCAGGAGUUCGCGGAGGGAUUCGUCAAAGCCCUGGAGGACCUUCACAAGCAGAACCAGCUGAGCGGAGGCGCGUGCGUCCCUCCGAUGCUGAACAGACUCGCGAGCGGCACGGAUCUGCCCGUGUACACGAACUUGAGCACGUACGGGAGCACCACGGUGAACUAUUCCACGGACACCAUUCCGUUCCCUCCUCCGCCGCCCGCGCAGCCGUCUCUGAAGGACGAGCCGCAGACCGUGCCGGACAUGCAGAGCUUCGGCGACAGUCCUCCGCUGUCCCCCAUCAACAUGGACACACAGGAGCGCAUCAAGGCCGAGCGGAAGAAGCUGCGCAACCGCAUCGCCGCCUCCAAAUGCCGCAAGCGGAAACUGGAGCGGAUAUCCCGGCUGGAAGACAAAGUGAAGAACCUGAAGAGCCAGAACACGGAGCUCGCGUCCACCGCGAGCGUGCUGAGAGAACAAGUGGCGCAGUUAAAACAGAGAGUGAUGAACCACGUUAACAACGGGUGCCAGCUACUGCCUAACCAAGUGCAAGCUUAUUAGAAAACAGACUUUAUCUACCAGUGUUUGGGUGGUUGACGAACAUGCUCUGGUUUUGUUCAAUUUCACAUUUCCACAGCAGUGCACGACGUCAAGUGAGCCAAAUAUUAAGGAACUACUUUGAUUAGCAAAUCCACAUCCGCGAGGAAAUAUAGUCCUUGACUUGGCAGAACGUUGCUAGCGAUCGUGCGCUGUUAUUACGGGGUCAAUCUUUAACAUAGGAACUAUAUCUGUUAUUUGUGGUUUAAUAUGAUAUUAUAUGUUUUGAUUGGACAAGCAGCGUUCCUAAGAUUUUUCUAAAACGUAUUAUGUAUUAGUCCGCCUGUACGUGUGACAGCUGUCAGUCUGCGCGUUCGACUCUGUUUUAGUUUCGUUUGGAACUAUUUUCGUUGCUUUUAUUAAAAAAAAAUGAUAUUUUUUUAUUAAACGAUCUUUAAGUACCAUCAACAUUGCUGUGCGGUGAAACCUUCGAUUGGUAGCAAGUAGCCUAAUCAAUCAUCAUUCAGGACCUAAAUUAUAGGCCUAUCUGGGUAAUGUCAUAUUUUUAAGAAGCCUUCCUAAAGUUCACUGUUUGUAUCAGUCCGCUGUGCGUAACACAAUUGUGUUUUGGUUUCUUUUGGAACUAUUCUCGUUAUUUUAAUACUUUCAUUAAAUUAUGAUAUUAAUUGCAACCAUUCCGAUAGAACAUACAGUCCUUGACUUGACUAAAUGUUGCUAUGCAACAAAACUAAUUCUUUUUAAAAAUCACAAGCUAAAAUGUGUUUUACGUCACAGCCGUUUCUUGUAUUUAAGCACUACUGGAACGCUGCACUGAUCAAUCAUCCUCCAUUUUAUAUAUAUAUAUAUAUAUAUAUAAAAUGCCCUAUACAACAGUAAGUUCUACACUAGUUUAAUUGCGCAAGCAGUAUUUCUAAACACUGUAUCACUAAUUUGUUGACAGCUUCUUCUGGAACUAUUUUCUGUGGUAGAGCAACAGCAAUAUCAAAUAUUUCAAGUGCAUCAAAACCCACAGUGUUGGUGCUGAAGUGAAUUCAUUUCAGCUGUCUGUGUGCUGAAACCUUAUUCUGAGCUCCACAUGUCCAGUCAACCACCCAUUCACUGAUGCAUGAAGGCCACAGACUGAACUGAUCUCUUCCUUACAGUGGCCAUUCGUUCUGGUUGGACUGUUGAAAUGGACACUACAGGUGCUGAUGUAUUAUAUGUUUACAAUAUUUUGUAGCAAAUGGACUCUGUGCUACAUGGUUUGAUCUCAUGAGAGAAGCAGCUGUAUUUUUGCAUGCUCCGGACAAGCUCCAAAUGAGUGCAACCAAACACAACAAAGAUGUCAUGCAUGUUAUGCUUUAUGUCCAAGGCCUUAUUAAUCAACGACUGUAUCGAUUUUAUAUUCAACUAUUCACACAAUGUCUUAUUUUAUGCUCUUUUGGAUUUACGUGUGUGGUGUUGUAAAUGGAAGGGUUUCGCCUGUCACACGUCCUGUACUGCCUUGUGUGUACAUUAAUGUCAUUAAAUCUGUUCAAUUCACUUGUUAAA